UCUUAUUACAUUCCAUCAGCAUCCUUCUACAAGAGCACAUCAACCAAACAUGCUGGUUCCUUUGGUUGCUGUGCUUGUUGGAUUGAGUUAUGGAAGGUCCAAUGAAAAUCCUUGUGAAACCAGAACUUCAACGUAUGAAUAUCGUGCAGUUGCUUACAAUGGCAUUCCUGGUACAUCUGAAAAUAUCAGUGGCAUCAGGACUACCUUGACGAUUUCCCUAAGUAGCUUUUCAAAUUCAAACCGAUUUCAGCUAGAGAUUGACAAGUGUGACAGUGUUCCACUUCAAGAUGCUACUCCAAAGGACAGCAUGUGGUGUGAUCAGCUCAUGAAAUGGGCCUUGCCAUUUGACAUGGCAAAUGGUGUAGUCAGCGCAAUUUAUCCUGACCCUCGUGAAAAUAGAGCAAUACUAAACCUAAAGAGAGGAAUAGUGAGUGCUUUUCAAGUCAAACCAAAAGGAAAGGACAAUGUUCAAAUAGUUGACGAGGAAGAUGUCUUGGGAAAGUGUGAGACACGUAUAACAGAGUCCCACCUUGACAACGAAAUUGAAAUGACAAAACAUCGAGAAACUGAGAAAUGUGAAGGUCGACCAAAGUACACCAAUAUGAUGCCAAGCCAGACUCAAGAAGCCAAGUUUACAUAUGGAACAAUGACUGCAGUCUAUAGACUGGACAUGGCACACAGUAUAACAUUGGCUGAGCUGAUCCAAGUUGAAGAAAUAGCUCCCAUGUCCAAAGAAGCUGGCCAUAUUGUUACACACAUCAACCAAACUUUCUGGCUUGUAAGAAGACAGACACAAGGCAACUGCAAACAGAAAAUUCCCGUGUCAAACAGACAUCGCAUAUCACUGUUAUUCGAUUAUUCUACUGGAUCAGAAGUUAGGCAAUAUAGCGAGCUGAGUGCUACUGACAUCAUUGCAAGAAUCACUAACGCCAACCCAGACGCUAUCCCACAGUUGUUUUUGGAACUGAUUCCUGUAAUGAGAAGUAUGAGCUUUGAAAAUCUAAACUACCUGAUGAUCAAUCUCAAAAAAGGCGAUCAUAAAUACUCAGUCUUCCUUGAUGCCUUGCCAUUUGUGUUCACUGAUGCAAGCUUUGAUCUCAUUAAAAAGUUGACUGAGCCUACAUAUGAUCUGAGCAAGACACGAAAAACAGCAUUGGCACUUAGCUUGGCGGCUGCACCUGUUCACUUCGCAAAUCCCUGCAAACUCCUCCAAAGAGCUCUGGACAUAGCUGUGAAUAGAAAAUCUUAUGAGAGUAGCACCCUGACACUAGGUACAGUCAUCAACAGGGUUCAUGACAGUCCAAUUUCUUGCAAGAAUGAACUUGCUAAGGCUUUUACAUACCUUCAAACAAAACUUAAGAACAACAUUAAGCCAAUACCUCAGGACUACAAUCCAUCAGAAAAUCCACAACAUUCAGAAUACAAAGGAAAUUGGGAACAAGCUCUUCACGCUAUCAAGGCUUAUGGCAAUGCUGGAGUUCCUCAAUCAAUAGCAGUGUUAAAAGAAUACAUAAACGACAAGAGACUGUUGGUUGAAGGUCGUGUUGCUGUCAUUAAUGCUCUACAACGCAUUGGAAAGAGGAGUCCACUACCGGUUCGUGAACAAGCACUUCAAACUUACUUGGCAAGCACAAAUAAUGAAAUAAGAAUAGCUGCUUUUGCAACGUUUAUGGAAGUUGCACGUCAUGGUCCUAUUCAAAGUCAACAAAUGAGACGAAUACUGCAGCAAGCUCAUCGUGAGCGACAUAACUCAGAGGUCCUUAGUUAUGUCUGCAGCUUCCUGAAGACUCUACGGAACACUCACGAUCCAAGUUUCAGAAAUCUACGAUCCAGUAUGUUUUACUAUGAAAAAUGGACAGGAGCUUCUGAAAAGUGCAGCAGAUAUGCAAGCCAUUCAUUCUUCUCAUCACACUACAUCCACUAUUACAAAUCAAUGAGUGAUAUUGUCCGGCCUCUUCCACGAGAUUCCAUGGGAGCAUCCUUGACCCUUGAUUAUGUGUCAACCAAUGCUAGUCGAAUACCUCGCUUUGCCAGAAGCAAAAUGAGAAUGCAUAUGUUUGGAUACGACAUGGAUUUUAUUGAGGCGGGUAUUCGAGCCACCGGCGUUGAGGAGCUGCUCUGUAGCAUGAUAUUUGGAUCAAAAGGACAUGUUCGCCUUGGAUCAUUACCUAAAGAUGCGUAUGACUACUUUUGUGGUGUUCAUGAUGAGAAAACUAGCUUCUCCAUGUAUGUCAAAGCAAUGGGUGAUGAGCUGCUUUGGAAUAACUUCAGACCACAUACCACGCAACAUGAAGUAAACACAGCACGUGAUCGUGUUCUCGACUUCUUUUCCAAAGCUGGAUCUUUACGAAGAGAAAUGUCAUCCUUCAUUGACUACUUCGCAAGUGGAACAUACUCCAUUUAUCGUGGCAAAGCCAGCUUGGACCAUACAGCUGGUUUCAUGAACAUCCAAAGAGUUGUCCCUACAAUCAUUGGCAUGCCAAUUAAUCUGACUGUUGCAGCAGCUGGCCACAUCCAAUUUGACUUUUCUACUCGCUUUGAGUACCACAAUGAUCAUCCUCUAAUGUCGUUGAUUGCUCCCUCGUUCUUACAAAAGAUGGUUGGAGGUGAACCACAAGAAACUGUUGAAGGAAAUAUGAACAUUCAUCCCUGGAUGACGAUGGCUGCUAAAGUUGAGGUACUGCUUGAUGACUACCACUAUAGGCCGAAAAUUGUCUUCUCUGCAAACUCCAGCUCAAAGUUCCACCAACAUCUCUCUGUCCUGAUGCAUGGUGACUAUUCUACAUCUAUGACAAUUCAUGAUAUGCCAGAAGAUGAAUCAGUUGUUUUCAGUGCCAGUUAUAGUCAAUCUGCUGUAGUCAAUGGCAGAUCUAAACAGCUUCAAACUGAUAAUCAAAAGAAGGAUAACAUCCAUAUUAAGUCUUAUGACCUCAUUGGACUUGACAUGUUUAUCAACUUUAGCCAUGCCGAUACAAGUAGGAGUCCUGUUGCUCCUAUGUUACCACCAGCUGGUCCAGUCAAGAUGUCUGUUUCAUUCAAGAGACCCAAUCCCAAAUUAAGCAAAAUGAUUUUCUCCAUUAUGACUAAUGAGAUGAAACCAAGCAAGUCGUCCAUAGCUGCUAGUCUAACUGCAGUUGGAGUGGACAGAUCAGUUAAUGGUUCUCUAAGCUGGAGAUAUGCACACAAAACAUUUGUGUUUGAUGGCUCCCUCAGCAGUGCUCUUGCUAACUCGUCCACUGUUGUUAUUGUGAAUGUCAAUUCUCAACUGAACAUUGAAAGCUAUGCAAACUUCAAUUCUAGUUUGGCCAAUUUCACUGUAGGUUUUGGUCUAAGCAGUACCCAUAUCAAUGCCAAUUCAUCACUGGUCAUUGGGAAGCAUCGUAUCUACCAGGUUGCACUACGAGGCUCUCGUAGACAAUUCAAUAAUGGCAAGUUGUCGUUCUACCUUUUCAUUGGCGAUAAAAGAUUACCACAUACUUAUGACAUGACUGUCGACCUAAGUAAAUGGCAAGCCAACAUUACUGGACAACUCCUGCUUAGUGGUGAAAGUGAACCACACACAGUAAUCGUUAGUGGCUCUUUUGGAAAGUACUAUCUCAAUAUGACUGGACUUUUCAAAUUGGCUUCAGAAUGUGAACUAUAUCAAAUGGGGUUCAAUGGAUCUUACGAACCAGGAAACGUCAGAAGUCAUUUCAUGAUCGACUUACCUCAUAUCAUCAAACGCCAAGACAUAUACCUCCGUGGAUCUGUUGGUUUAGUGUUUGCACAUCUCUCAGCAGCCAUUUACCAAACAAAUCGAGUGAAACCUCACAAAAUCGAUAUCAACGCUGAUAUUGACAGUUCAGUCUUUGCAAAUAUGAAUGGAUCUUUGCUUCUUGCAAAUAAUGAUGAAGCACACUGGUCAAUUAAAACCAACCUAUCAAAGUGGUCAAUUGAGUCCAAUACUCAUCUGCAGGUUGUGAACAAACCUAAUAGUAACAUGAGAGUAUCAGCAAGCUAUCAAAGAAACAAAGUCAGUGGAUUAGCCCUGAUAAAUGUUCCUGGUCUUUUCGAAGAUUAUUCAAACAGAUUUUCAAAUAACAGUGUGACAUGGUUCUUUCAAAAGAUCUCACACAUCCUCUACCAGCCAAAGCAAGGAAAAUCACAUAACAUUACUGUCAAGGGUGUACUAAACAAGUGGUACAGCAAUGUUUCAAUGUAUGUGCACAUGGCAAGAGAUAUAAAUCACCAUUAUCUGAACUUCAACAGUUCCUUUGCGAAAUGGUAUAUCAAUGGCACAGCUCUCCUUCGUCCAGCAAACUACAGAAAGCCACAUCGUGUACAUCUCAGUGGCGACAUAGGAAAACAAUUUCUAAACGGAUCCGCUUUCUUUCACCAAGGAUGUCAUAAAACUGAUUUCGACAGUGACAAAUGUGAGGACUGUCCAUACCGUGUAAACUUCAGAGGGGAAAUUGGCAAACAAUAUGUUGAUACUAAAGCUGGAUUCCAGAUGCCAGGAAGCAGAUGCAAGGUACCUCAUAGUGCUUCUCUACGAGCAAGUGUUAAGAAAUGGUCCAUGAAUAUAUCAGCAACAACACACCUGCAACUGAACAAUAAUGACUGGAAUAAACGACAUUACGUUAACUCCACUAUGUCACUUGAUGGUAGGGCCAUUCAGCUUUCAGCAAAAUCAAGUCUCUUUGACUUACGAAGUGUAAAAGAAUUCCUUCGAAUGGAUGAAAAUCGAGUUGCAGAGAAACUGGAGUCAAGCCCUACUGCUACUACUACACUACAACCAGAACCAACAGAUGCCGGGAAAUGUAAACAACUGAAAAAACACAUCAAACUCUACUUUGGUAACAAGAAAUGUGAAACCGUGCGUACUUUCUCAGUGUGCAGUAGCAACUGUAAAGAACUAUAUAGCAGGAACACAAUUGCUGCAAACUUUUCAUGCACUACUUGGGAUCACCCACUUGAUACAGAGCAUGACCAGAAAAAGUUUGAACUCCUAGCAGUGCCUAAACUAGAGAAAUGUUGCAACAGAGGAAUCUGCACCUGGAAGUAGCUGUUGAUGUCACUUCAAAUUGACUCAUUGAAACACACUGCGGUUCAGUGACGUGUAUGUGUGUGAAACUGUUACGUUUCACUGUAUGUGUAUGUCAGUAAAUGUUUGCAAUCA